AUGGCGGACGAAGUGGAGAUGUUCUUCUUUCCCUCCGUGGGAGGAGACGACCAGAUCCCCAUGAUCGACAUUGCCUGCCUCUUCGCCUCCCACGGCGUCAAGUCCACCAUCGUCGCCACCCCUAACAAAGCCCUCUCCUUCCAACGCUCCAUCGCCCGCAACCAGGACUCCGGUCGACCCAUCUCCAUCCACCCCCUCGACUUGCCCCCAGGCUCCGAGCUGCCCGACGCUGACAUGUCCGCCUCCCCCUUCACCGACACCUGCAUGCUCCAAGAAUCCCUCAAGCUCUUGCUCAUCGCGAGACGACCUGAUUGCAUCGUCGUAGACACGUUCCACGGCUGGUCGGCCGAUGUCAUCGACGAGGUGGGAUUUCCCAGGAUCGUCUUCAUUGGGAACGGCUGCUUCUCUCGGUGUGCUCAAGAACCCGAAUCUAUGGUGGAAUCCGAAUACGAUCCGUUUGAGCUACCGGGCCGGCCGAAGGAAAUCAAGAUGACAAGGUCGCAACUUUGCAUUUUCACAAGCGUCCAGGAGGCGGGGAAGCCGCCGGGUGGGAUGUGGACUUCGGAGGACAGGAGUCUUGGGUUUCUGGUGAAUAGCUUUCUUGAUCUGGAACCAGCUUGUGCGGAGUAUUUCAAGAAGGAGAUGGUGAAGAAAGCUUGGGUCGUCGGACCAGUGUCGCUGCGCAUUGCGGAGGAUAUGGGCGAGAGAGGGCAACGAGCUGCUAUUGAUGAGCAGAGUUGCUUGAACUGGCUCAAUGCUAAAGAACCCAACUCCGUUCUUUACGUUAGUUUUGGGAGUUUGGCCAGGUUGACCCCGGAACAGCUCCUUAAGAUUGCAUAUGGUCUCGAGGCUUCGAGCUGUUCCUUCAUUUGGGCGGCUGGGAAAAUCCUCGAGUCGUCCGAAAAUGGAGAGGGAGGCCGAGAGGAUUGGCUUCCGAGCGGGUUUGAAGAGAGAUUGAAGGAGUCCGAGAGAGGGUUGAUCAUCAGAGGAUGGGUGCCGCAGCUGUUGAUUCUCGAACACCCUUCGGUGGGUGGGUACAUGACGCUCUGUGACUGGAACUCGAUCCUGGAAGGCGUGAGCGCUGGUGUUCCGAUGGCCACUCUCCCGCGCUCAGCUGAGCAGCUUCUCAAUGGGAAGCUGGUCGUUGACGUGUUGAAAAUUGGGGUCCAGGCCGAUAGCAUGGAGUGGACAUCCUGGAACACCGAGCCGGGCCCGGCAGUGGAUCCGGAGAAGGUGGAGGCGGCCGUGAGGAAACUGAUGGAUGGAGGAGAGGAGGCGGCGGAGAUGAGGAGAAGAGCCGAAGAUCUCGGAGGGAAGGCCAGGAAGGCGGUCGGAGAAGGCGGGUCAUCUUAUGGAGAUGUUGAGGCCUUGAUUCAGGAGCUCAAGAAUCGCAAGAAUGUCCGAGACUGCACUGCACAAAUGUAUAACCGUCCGGCGGCUUCAAAUCCGUUCUCCGGCCUCAACCAUCGCCAUUCCCGUUUCACACAUAUUCACGCCGGUAAAUCCCCACCGUUCACGUUGCCGACUUCCUCCACCGGUUGCGCGGCCGCCGGCGCCGCCUUUGAACACUCCGGCGCCACUAGCGCCAGAGGCAGCCGCCUCACCUCUUACCCCUCUCCCUCGCCUCCCCUCUCCGGCGUCUCCCCGCCCCCUACCUACCGCCCCAUCCGCGCUGCCGCCGUCAAUCUGCCGCCGGGGUCUCUGCACUUUCAGCAAUAA